AAGCAAAAUCCAUCCUUGAGGCCACGUCAUCAAAUCCCUUCCAUUGAAAUCUCCGCCCUAACCCAUCAUAUAUAUCGCCCUCACAGACCCAAAUGCCCCACUCCCAAAACCCCCAAAGGAGAAAACAAUGAACGGAAACGCUCACCACCACCAUCCAUCCACCCUCAGGAGCAACUCCAAAACCAGAGAAAGCAAGCCCAAGGGAGAUAAAGAAGAAGAAAGAGAGCAUGCCUGCCUUCUCACUACAGACGCUAGAAAGAUGGCAGUGUUCGGCAAGGCCUCUUUCAUGACCUGGUCGGUAGAAGACAUUGUAGAUGUCCCGCGGUACCACCCCAUUCCGUGCACCUUCGCCAUCUCUCUCCUGUUUUUCAUGGCCGUCGAGUACACUCUCCGCAUGGUCCCUCCUUCCUCCCCUCCCUUCGAUAUUGGGUUCGUGCUCACGCAUCCUCUCCACCGCCUGCUUGCUCUCCGGCCCGCUCUCAACACUGCCUUAGCAGGCCUAAAUACGGUGUUUGUGGGCAUGCAAACGACUUAUAUACUAUGGACGUGGUUAGUGGAAGGUAGACCGCGGGCUACCAUAUCCGCUCUGUUCAUGUUCACCUGCAGAGGAAUAUUGGGUUAUUCCACCCAACUCCCAUUGCCACAGGGGUUCUUGGGAUCGGGCGUGGAUUUUCCGGUGGGGAAUGUGUCGUUCUUCCUGUUCUUCUCCGGGCAUGUAGCGGGGUCGGUGAUUGCGUCGAUGGACAUGAGACGUAUGCAACGGCACGGACUGGCGUUGACGUUCGACGUACUGAACGUGCUACAGGGGCUGAGGCUGCUAGCAACGAGAGGCCAUUACACCAUCGAUCUAGCAGUUGGGGUGGGUGCAGGCCUGCUGUUCGAUUCUCUAGCCGGGAAGUACGAAGACACCAAGAGAAAAUCUCUUCAACACCAUUUUCAUAACAAACACAUCUCCACAGAUUCAAUCACAGCCGUACAAAACAGACAAUGAGCAAUCUCGUUCUCAAUCUCAAUACCAGACUUUCGCCUAAAAACGCGUUUCCGAGAUUGGACUGGCAAAAGGCAAUGACUUGGGAGUCAAAGGAGAAGAAAUUGCCGUCUUUUCUGUUUUGAUGCGUCGUGAUUCAGCGAGGGUUGGCACACGUGUCAGAAAUCUGGGCAAUUCAUCAGUGAGGGUGCACUGUAAAGUGACAUCAGGGUAAUACGAGCCACAUGUUCGUUGAAUUUGGACGGUUUGAGUUUUGUUCUUUUCCUUUUGUAAUCGUUCAUCGACAUUAUUUUUUGUUAUUAGCGAAUGGCCGGGAUCUCCGGCA